AUGUCUGCUGAACUUACCUGGCAAAUCAUCCGGAAAAACAGCUGUUUCCUUCGCCGACAAAAAGGGAUCAAGAAGCAUUUUUCUGUUGAACCAUUCAAUCUACGAGGCAUCAAUAGCCCCCGAUUCAAUGGAUUCAUCAGCAAGAAAGCGAUGAAUAUCGCUCCUGCAAAAGAUGGCAAAGGUGUUGUCGUCUCCGUGAAAAUUCCAGGUGACAUCCUUUUUUAUCCUUACUGCAUGGUACAAUUCAACGUAGAGAUGAGUGAGGUCACCUGCUGGCAAGCUUUUCAUCAGUACAACAUGGUUGUUAUGGCAUACCAGGAUCGUAUGCGAGCUUGGCAGGCAUACUCCCCUACCGGUACGACUGUUCAGAGACGUCAAGGCGUUCGAUAUGCUGGUGCGGAUCAGAAUGAGCCGAACAUUGACGAGAGAAGACCACGGAAUUUUCUUCGUCCAAUCCCAGCAAGUGCACGUGAAGUGACUGUCAUCCACAAUCCGAAUGGACCGGAUCUACUUGCUGCUCAGUUCCAAGUGGCUUCGUAUUUACGCCGCUUCAUGGCCGAAGUGAUUGAUUUUGUGUUUGCCUUUUUCAUCAAACUUUUGCUGGUCUAUUAUCUUGUAGAAAUGGAUUUUCUUCAGUUGCUUCAUCCUUUAUAUUUUUGCCGAUUCGACAAACUUCUGGGCAAUGAGGCUGACCUUCAAACACUUGUGGAUGUUACCCAAGAGCUGUUUCCAUUGGAACUACUCGGGAAGUUAGCGUGCAGUUUGCUAGAGGCCCUGUGCUUGUCACAGUCGCUGUUUCCUCGUUUUUUCGGACAAACACCUGGCAAGUACAUUAUGCGAGUUCGAGUCAUUGAAUGCGGAAGUGUAUCUCAUGUAGCAGGAGCACCACCAAAUGUUGUACGGGUUACCGGAGUGCUGUCGAUUCCAUUUAAAGCGGCGAUUUUGCGAUCGAUGUUGAAAAACAUUCUCAUAAACUCGCUGGUACCGUUUAGUACAGUGGCAUUUGCAUUCAAUAAUAAUCGAGCCAUCUACGAUAUUCUUGCGAGAACGAUAGUUAUUGUUGAUUGA